AUGUCAGUCAACAAAAUCGGCUGCCGGACGCCAGCCCAUCAUCACCACGCGACUCCGAAGCCCGCCAUGGAAGAGCGGCCGCAUGGGCAUAAGGAGGACCCCCCGCAAGUGAUACCUAUGACCAAUGUUACGCCAGGGGACAGUCCCUUCGUCACGUGGGACCAGUUCCAGUACGCUAUGAGUGUGAUAAGAACUGUUAUAGGGGGGACAGUGGAAUCCGGCGCAACGAUUCCCAUACUACCAGAAGACGGCAGCACUAUGCAGGCCUUUCUGCUGCGCAUCGAGCGCCGGUACACCCAGAUGGGAUUGGAACCGUGCGAGUGGGGAAAUGCACUUAUAGACCACCUUGUGGGCCUGGCUCUAACGUAUUGGAUGUAUCUACGGAGAACUAUUGACCUAAACGGCUGGGCGACAGUACAGCGCAGGCUUUUGGAGCGGUUUGACAAAACAAUGUCGCAGAGUCAAUUGCUAACGGAGUUGGCUAAAGGUCGCGGACAUCCGGCACGUGUCUGCCCCAGCAAAGGGGAACGUACCAAACGUCCGGGGGAAAUGUGCAAGAAGUGUGGCGGUGUCGGACACUAUGCUCGGGACUGUCCUACGUAUGAACAAGGCCGGCCCGACCCGGUGGACAAGAGCAGCCCUAAUGCCAUUCCAGUCUCCCUUGAGUGGGGAAACCAACUCCUCCGCACUGCGGAAAGAACUAAUACGAGCGAUGGGCACGCGGAAGGGACUCAGCCGCUUUCGGAAACGCGGCGGGAGUCUGGGUCAGCGUCGAUCCUGAGUGAAGAGACUCCGGACGCGACGGCGGAUAGUCGCAGGAAGUCUGCAGAGCCAACAGAAGACGGCUAUAGGUCAGACGCGACAGAGAUUGUGCCACACUGGUAG